GGCUGCAGACCAGUAAGAUUCAGCCUUUGAAUCUGAAGUUUGUAUCCGUAUUUGCUUGCCAUGGCUUGUGGCCGCUCUUGGAUCAGGAGGAUUUUUGCGGCUCUACUAUUUAUAGCGUCUUAUGCUUACGAGGUGAAGAAAUUGAAGUUUUUGACCAUCACCUCCUUUGAUGGUACAGUUUUGCGGGCAGACGUGAGCCUGCCAAUGACAAGUACGGGCGAGAAGUUUCCUAUUUUGAUUAUGGCCAACUCCUGGAGCGUCCCGCAGAUCGAGUAUGUGGUGCAAGCACAAGAGCUUGCUCGCGCUGGUUACAUCAUUUUGGAAUAUGAGACACGUGGUUGGUAUCGCUCCGGAGGGGAGAUCGACUGUGCUGGAGAAAAGGACCAACGAGACAUCUCGGAGGUAAUUUCCUAUACAUUGAAUCGCAGUGACUGGCAGCCAGACCCCGAACGCUUGGCCAUGGUUGGGAUCUCUUAUGGGGCAGGCCUAGCAUUGCUCGGUGCCGUUCGAGAUGUGCGGAUCAAAGCAGUGGUGGCCAUGAGUGGUUGGACAGACUUCCAAGAGGCGCUCUUCAAAGGAGGUUCUCCAAGCCGGGUUUGGGGCACCCUGCUUGUGCUGCUGAGUCAUGUUGUUGGCAAGCCCGAGCGUUUGCUUGACCAGGUAUAUCGACAGAUGCUCGCAGGCAAUAUCUCCGGUUUUGCUGAAUUUGCUCAAAUACGCAGUGUGAACCUCUCGGCUUUGGAGGCUCGGAAGCUGCCAAUUUUCAUGUCCAACAACUUUGAGGAUCGCGUUUUCUCCCCGGAUGAUGCGCUGGCAUUCCUCGAGCAUUACAAAGGGCCCAAGCGCUUGCUGCUGAACCAGGGCAUUCACGCGAGUGCUGAGAUUCCAGGCCUUUUCGGUCUCAAAAACCAUGUAUGGGCGGAGGCUAAGAAAUGGCUUCAUACCUAUUUGAAGGGUGAAGCCUACCCAGCACCGCCACUCCUGGAAAUGCAACUGCGCUCAAACUGGGCAACGCGAGAGCAGUUUGACCUGUGGCCUAGUGCCCGUAUUGAAUACAGCACUCUUGUGCCUUCACCGCGAGGUACUGACUUGUACGGAGAACUAGCGACCAAAGCGUCGCCCUCAGAGCAAGUCUUUGACACAAUCACUUUCUCAAAGGCCACAGGCAUAUCAGCAGGCCUUCCUUAUGUUGGCGAGGCGAUGCAGGUUUUUGUUGACCAUCGCAUCCGCUCAAAGUUGCUUUCAAGCUCCAGGCAACAUGCAAUUUGGUAUUACAAGGAGGUUUCGGACACGAGACUCUGUGGAACUCCACGACUGACGUUGGAUCUCACAGCUUCACACUCCAAAUGGCAGAUUGUUGCCUACCUCUUUGGCGUGAACCGACGAACCAAAGUAGGCACCCUGAUCAGCCAUGGCUCCGUCACCUGCUGGAAUUGCACUGCUGGUGUGAGAGGCACUCAUCAUAUCACGCUUCGUUCCCUUUGUGAAGAUCUGGGUGGCUGGGGCAUGGGUGGUGUGGGGUUGGCACUCAACAUGUUCUCAGAGCUCUACCAGCCUGCCAACGCCGAGGAGAGCUUGGCUAUAAACCUGCACUAUUCCAGCAGCUUCUCCCUGGUGGUGCCCAUCACAGAGAAGGAUGCGCCUAAUUUGUCCACUAUUGUGUAAAGUAGUGGCGACAUAGCUUGUUUCGCACAAGGAUGCUGAAUGCUCCGGAUGCAGUUUUGUCAGACCUGGUACCAUUUGGUAUCCGUUGUGUGGAGCUGAUUUCAAUAGCUCCUGUAAAGCUUUUCUUGUUCUUUGCAUCUCUUUGCAAAAUGCUGCAAUGCCUCAAUCUCUGGGCUUUGAUAGCUAAAUAGUUGUAUUUGGCCUUUCCCAUUGGCAUUGGCGCACUGCUGCAGCAAACAUGUUUUCCUGCCAGGGAAGUCCAUGGCAUUUGAAUGCUGCUAGCACUAUAUAUUUGGUUGUGCAUUGAACAUCGUUCUCAUACUCGCAAUGAAACCGUG